GUGGUACGAACUGUCAUGAGCUUUCGCUUUACUGGAGAUUUUUUCGAUCGCUAUUGGACAUGCCAUUUCCUCGAACAUAAACCCCGGACAGAUAAAAGAUCAGUGACCAAGGACGGAAAGGCACGUAUUUUUAAGCUUGACCAUGGACAUAAAAGACGGCAAAAAAAAACAAAGUAUCCUUGGCAGCAACGAAAGGUCCUUGAACUCGUACUAAUGGAUGAAAUACUCAACGAAAUGGCAUCAUCUGCAAGGAAUGUUCUAGACUGGGCCAAAAAUACGCUUCAGGGGGGCUUUCAAAAACUACAACAGAAAGGUAGCGACAACUAUCUCUCUCUCAAUGAACGGUGGCGAGUCUUUGAACAAAUCCUUCAGGCAGUCGAAGAAGACUUGGAUGAGAAUUUGGAAAGAAUCAAAGAAUGGAGGGCGCGAGAAAGCGAUCGCGGACUGGAGAGACCCCGAUGGACCAGAAACGACGAAAGAAGAUAUCGUCCUACGAUGACCAGGCUUUCGGUCCUGACUAAACGGAAAACACGCGAGUUGGAACGACUAAAACAAAAUAUACAAUCAUUCAGGGAGGCCUUAACUCGCAGGCUGACGUCUAUCCGAGACGAUAUAAGCUUUCGUGGUUCCGAAAAUAUCAACCUUUUCACGUAUGUUACCGUGGUAUUCCUGCCACUUGGUUUUACAACUGGAAUUUUCAGCAUGAGCGAAGCCCCAAGCCGGACUACACUGAUUCAAAUGGUCAUCACCGCUAUCAUUGCGCUGGCCAUCACCAUUGGCGCAUUGAUAAAUGCCAGGCUUCUUGAUAAAGAGAUCGUUGAACCAGCUCUCAAAAUCAUUCGCUCCAUCUCGAGGCCUGUUAUUGUAUGCCCUAUCAAGACAUUGAGGUUAUUGUUCAAUGCAUUGAUAUCACCCGGAAAGUCUCUCCAUCACUUGUUCGAGAUUGUCUGCUACAUGUUCGAUCGCAAGUCGAACGACAAAUCAGAGCAAACUACAGACAAGAGCGAUGAUGAUGGAAAAGCUGCGCCAACACCACCUCCACAAAACCAAGGACCAGCGCAAGGAUCAACGACUCCGCGUGAGCUUGAGAAUGGUAGCCGGAUUAGCUAA